AUGAGAACAUCAACUGAAGUUGUACCAAUAUCAUCACAGUUUUCUCCAAUUCGUUCUCAAUAUAGUGUUGUCGAUGAACGACAAGUCCAACCAUUUCAACAAGAAAAAUAUCAAGCAUGGACAACAGAAGCUUCUCAAGAACCUUUUAUUUCGGAUUCAACUGUCAGUGAGAAUCAAUCAGGAUCUUGUAAAAAAUAUGUAACAACAAAAUGUAUAAUGACAUUUCUUAUUGGCUUUAUUAUUUGUGGUAUUCCAUUGGCUGUUACGUCGGCUUUAUAUGUACAAAAAAAGGCAUCAUCUAGUAGCAGUUCAGAUUCUUCGAGUAGUUCUGUCAGUCUUCCAUCACAAUGUACAUCAUAUAUUUCGAAUUCGGAUUCAACACGUCUUACAACUUAUACAAGUUGCGUUAAUUGUUUUUCUGAUACAAGUGGAAGUUUUACAACAGGCUGGUAUAGAUUUAUGAAUACAGCUGGAACUCGACUAGCAACAACGCCUUCUAGUUAUGGAUCAUGUGGUGUUCCAUAUCCAACUUGA